AUGUUGCAGGCAAGUAAUACCUUACUUCACCGCGUCAUGUGGCGCUACACCAAGACCCACAUGCAGUUGACACGCGAGGACCUGUCCGAGGGGCAACUGGUCGGCGAGGACCGGCUUCAAGAGGACUUCCUCGCGCAGAUCGGCACGCUCCAGAGCGUCGUGUGCAAGUGCACGAGGAAAGCGAGGGCGUGGGGGAGGCUUUCCAACGGCUGGUACAGCUCCACGAACGCGAAGGCAUUCCAGGAAGGGGCUUCCAUGACGGUUCCUAACUUUUCCGUCAUCAUCCUCUCCAUUUUUGCGGUGGCCUGGUCGAUGGCGGUCUUGACCUCCUCGUGAUGUGGGGCUGCAUCGCCAUUGCCGAACUCUCCAGACGCAGACGGCAUGUGUCCACUUCACUAGGAUAGUAUGUUGUUAACCUUCGCUCUCGAGUGUUGAUUGGUUUCAAGCCUAGUGCUGCUUGAUAGGCACGGCCGAUCCGGCUGACCGGAAUGAAGAGAUGGCAAAGUCGUUUAUUAGGUUGCUCUCGUAGGCAAGGAACAGGAGAGAGUGGGCGCCUCGUGCGCCACAAAGCAUCAAGCAACAGUCGCAAGAAAUUCACCGACGUAAAGACGCUUAGACUUUCCGCAACUCGGAACGAUUCCAACUACCAAGGACACGUCGGGAGAUACCCCGAAGAUCCACGCCAGUGGGACGGUCACUUGAACACUUUCUCGCUCUCAAUCCACACAUGAGUACUACCGCAGUAGCAUUCGUAAGGAAUGACAUAAUUUACCUCACGGAAGGUUGUGGUGGCUAUGUCCCGCCACCGGAGGUUGGCUAUUUCCUUUGGUGCAAUGUGGCGAGGAAUGCCAAGCGUGACCGAGCGAACUCAGUCAAGCUAGGGUGGUGCGGAGAGUGGGCGAGCCUUCCCAUUCUUCUUAAGAUCCAUCUUCGCAGCCGUUGUGGGUCAGUUAGGGACCCUCGGAGAACAGUAACCUAUUAUCACAUUUUCCCUCAGAUCCUACUCUUUAUGUACUUACGUGUAUCUGUGCUCCCUGAAUUUCCGUAUCCGUGAUGAGACUCGGUCUUAUCGACAGAAUCGAAAUCGAAAAUCGAAAUCGAAAUUCAGUUUGUUUGGUCUUCAAGAGCCAAAGAACAAUAUCUGCUGUGAUCGGAUGUGUGUGUUGUGUGUUUUCGUCCUAUUUAUUAUGGCGACAGUCCCCCCAUUUUCGUGGAUCGGUGGGUUCGUAGUAAGUUGUGCGACCUCUCACGCUCACACGCCAUAAGCUCAAGAGACGUGUAGUCCAUGCGAAAGCGUCGGCGGAACGUGCCAUCAUCCACCAUCGGCUUCGCGUAUGUGUACCAGCAACGGCGCUCGCGGCGCACGAAAUUGUCGCCGAUUUGCGGAGCCUCAUCGCCAUCUUCCAUGAGAACCAUUAUCGUCAACAGCUCCAGGAGCUGUUUCAUGCGCUUCUUCGUCUUUCCUCGCAGCCAUGAGCGUCGGCUGGCAGGAGCGCGAGCCAUGUUUAACAACAUAUUCGCCUGAUUGAGAGCGAAGUAUCUGAUUGAGAGCGAGAGCCAAAAAAAUUGAAAUUUCGGGUCCAGACGCCUCUUGCCAUUUCUUGGCAAGUAGGGGACGGGCUAUUCCAAGAAGCGGUGCAAAUUGAAGGUCUCAUCAGCAGCUUCGCGAGCAUAUGCGUGUCAUCGUCAUCGGAUGCUGCAGCGAGGAGCUAGACAAGUUGCUAGAUUUGCCCAGAUUGGCUAUUUCUGCUCAAACUGUUUCAGGGCGGUAUCGCGUCGGGCGGUGGGCUCUGCUGUAGCUUCUGCCCCCCGCUGUAGCUCCACAACGAGAGACUCCCACAGGAUGACCAGGGUAGCGGCUUGAAGCUACGGGCUAGCCCUUCAAUUCAAGUUACACAACAAGCUCCACCUCUCAGUGGUAGUCCGGCUACAGCGUAUUGCGCAAUCUCGCUCUCAAUCAGAUGCUACGCUCUCAAUCAGGCGAAUAUGUUGUUGUUUUUGGUUGUGCGGCGGUGCGGCGCACGGCGCACGCAGCCACUACUACUUUCUCCGACUUGUGGGCUGUUCGCUGCUUUUCGUGGGUUCUUCGCGUGUCUUUUCUCAAAUUCAACUUUGAUUUUGGCAGUUUUCCGACAAGACACCAUCGUCGAAAUUUAAGAAGUUCGGGCGGCUGGUUAUGACUUCAACUGAAUUUUGAUAUCGAUUUUCGAUUUCAAUUCUGUCGA